UUGGUACAUGAGAAUACAAAACACACACGUCUUUCUGCUGUAGCUCGCUUGCUGGCUAUGAAAUCACAAUACAACAUGUCCAUUGCACAUUUUGAUGAUACCUUAAAAAUAAUCCAUGAACUUUUGCCUCCUGAAUCUAAUUUGUCCGAAGACUUCUACCAAUCCAAGAAACUCUUAGAAGGUCUUGGUAUGCCAUAUGUUAAAAUAGAUGUGUGCAAAAAUAAUUGCAUGUUGUAUUACAAAGAUAACAAACAUAAAGAGAAGUGUGACUUUUGUGGCACAUCUCGUUAUGAGGAAGGCCAAAAGAAAAUCCCACGUAAAGUUUUGCGGUACCUCCCUCUAAAAGAUAGAUUGCAAAGGUUGUAUGCCAAUGAGGAGACCGCAAAGCUUAUGCGUUCUCACACUCCUUCCGGGUCUGAUAAGAUGGUCCACCCACGUGAUGGUGAGGCUUGGCAAGAUUUUGAUAAGGAUUUUCCAGAAUUCUCAUGUGAUCCGAGAAGUGUGCGACUUGUCAUAGCUACAGAUGGUUUUACACCAUAUAGUUUGGUUGCUGCUCCAUACACGUGUUGGCCAGUGUUUGUAGCUCCGUUAAACCUCCCCCCUGGUUUUCUCUUAAAGCCAGAGUUUAUAUUUCUUAGUCUUGUGAUACCUGGUCCAGAACAUCCUGGAAAGAAUUUGGGCAUUCUAAUGCAACCAUUAGCAGAUGAGCUUAUGGAACUGUGGCUGGGGGUUAAUACAUGGGAUGCCUCUGUGAAGAGAAACUUUUUAAUGAAAGCAGCUUUUCUAUGGUCAGUCCAUGAUUUCCCUGCUUUUGGUAUGUUUGCUGGGUGGAGCACUCAUGGGAAGCUAGCUUGCCCAGAAUGCUUGAGUGAUUCAAAAUCAUUUACACUUCCGCAUGGGCGUAAGGCUUGCUGGUUUGAUUGCCAUAGGCGCUUUCUACCUCCUGACCAUGAGUUCAGAACCCAAGCCAAUUCGUUUAGAAAGGAUACAAUAGUGCUUGAGGGGCCACCAAGGCGUUUGACAGGGGAGGAAGUGCGAGCUCACAUGGUUGCAAAUGUAUAUGACACAGAUAACUAUAAUAAAUCGCACAACUGGACCCACAUAAGCUGCUUUUGGGAUCUUCCAUACUUUGAUAAACUGAAGCUUAGGCACAACAUCGAUGUGAUGCACAAUGAGAAAAAUGUAGCAGAAGCUAUAUGGAACACAUGCUUUGACAUUCCUAAUAAAACUAAAGAUAAUGUGAAGGCAAGAAAAGAUCUAGAAGAAAUAUGCCAUCGCCCUAAGCAGCAUUUGCAUUUGAAGGACAAUGGGAAGUGGUUCAAGCCAAGGGCACCGUUUGUCAUUGAGAAAGAUGAUAGGUUAACCAUUCUUAAAUGGUUUGAAGAGCUGAAAUUUACCGAUGGAUAUGCAGCGGGUUUUAAAAGAGGAGUUAGCUUCCAGCAAAGGAAGAUUUUUGGGCUUAAAAGUCAUGAUUACCAUAUCUUCAUGGAACGGCUGCUACCAGUUGCAUUUCGUGGCUUCAUUCUGGAGUGGUACGAUUACUAUCAUGAUUCGACUCUAGAUUUUCAGCAGCGGACAGCCGCAGAUCGUGUGAAGGAAGAGUUUUGGAACUUGUUUGAGCUGCAUGUGGAUGACGAGGAAGAUGACAGUGCCCGAAUCCAAAUUGAGCAAGAGGCUAACCGGAUUAUUGACACAUAUGCAAGGAAAAAGGUGAAAGACAUGUUGUACCAACUUCGUGUGGAUGCUGUGAAGCUUUACUAUGAGAAUCAAGGAGAGAAGCUUGAUGACUCGAUGGCUUGUGCAAGAGAACUCGAAUAUGAGCAAUACCUCCAGGGUAGGAUACCAUGGUGCAAGGAAGUUGCAUGGCCUGGACUAUGUCGUUAUUGGACAUCAAAGGAAUACAAGACCAACAGGGGGAGGGGACGAGAAGCUCGCUUGAAAUCUGAGGAUAUUGCUCAAAACCGAUGGGGCUAUUAAGAAAGCAAAUAUUAAAUCAGUAGCUAGAAAAAGAAAUGCUAGUGCAUCAAUUUCGCUCACAUUCGAGAGAAGGAACAACUCAGGCGUGUUAAUGAAGAAAAUGCAGAACUCAGGCGUGCUAAGGAGAUGCUACAGCAGAAAGUAGAUAUGCAUGGGCAGCUCAUAACUGCACUUUUCAAGGAGAUAGGAAAAGAGUUGCCGGCUCAUAUACUACAUAUACUAAGCCAUGGAGCUGUUUCGCAACCAGAAGGGACAAAUAACUCAUCUCAAGCCGGCUCGCAAGCGGUUGAUGGCAACAAUAAUGUCAUGGAGUCAAGCAAGGAG